ACAGAAAACGUAACUUUUGCAGCAACAUUUCGAAACACAUAAUUUUCGUGUUUGUCCUUCGGCGCUGCCUUUUUUGCAAAUUUCCUUGUGUGUUUCCCUCCAUUCUCUCGCAGCGCACAGGUUGCGAACGAACGCAGCACGCAUUGGUUUAGCUUUCUACCAAACGCGGAUUUCACAAGGUCGUACUGGUCGUGUUUUUGUGCAGUAGCAGCACCAGCAGCUCCAAGGAGGCAAGGCUAGUGAGAAAAAAAAACUGCGUAGACAAAAGGUGUUGGUGCUUCCUAGGUCCGAGAUUGCUGCACCUUUGGCGUGCCGUGCAGAGCAAGUGUUGUGCAGGAGAAGGUGAAGAAACGCUCGCAGAGGGCGUAGAAAGGCUACACGGUUGCAGCACGCAGUAGGCCGCUCCGAACCACCUGUGCUGAACCGUGUAGCAGCGGGUCACCGAGAGCGGAGCGAACGUUUGCAUUCCGUGUCAGAACGAUGCUGGCACCGCUGCGAGAAGUUGUAGCAGGUUCGUGCUUCAGCAACCGAGCAUCAACCGUACGACGCCAUCCGGUGGCGCAGUAAGUUGGUUGGUAACUUACCCCGACAGUAGCACCCGUUUCGCCAGAUCCCGGGGAGUGCGGCUGGAAUCUGGACGGAAGCCAUCUUACCCUCGCGGAAUAGCUGUUGUGAACAGUUUGAAGCGCAAGCAAGAGUGUCCACAAUGGAAGGUGACAUUUGUCGGGUGUGCCGCUGCGAGGCGCAAUCCGAUCGACCCCUGUUCCAUCCGUGCAUCUGCACCGGCAGCAUCAAGUGGAUUCACCAGGACUGCCUGAUGCAGUGGAUGCGCUACUCACGCAAAGAGUACUGCGAGCUGUGCGGGCACCGAUUUUCCUUCACGCCGAUCUACUCGCCCGACAUGCCACGCGUCCUGCCACUGAAGUACGUCGCCAAGGGGCUGCUCAGUUCGGUCGGGACGGCCGUCAAGUAUUGGAUACACUACACGCUCGUCGCCGUUGCCUGGCUCGGCAUCGUACCGCUCACGGCGUACCGCACGUAUCGGUUCCUGUUUAGCGGUUCGAUCGAAAUGGUCCUCACGCUGCCGAUCGAUAUGUUCUCGACGGAAAAUAUUACCAUCGACGUGUUUAGGGGCUGCUUUGUGGUGACCUGCACACUGUUCACCUUCAUCGGGCUGGUGUGGCUGCGGGAACAAAUCAUCCAUGGCGGUGGCCCCGAUUGGCUCGAGCGGGAUGAUCCGCAAGCACCGGAACCUGCCGCCAAUGGCAAUGGGCCAGCAAACGUGCGUCAGCCCGAGGCCGAAGUGAAUGAUGAUGAUGCGGCCAACAACAACAACAACAACAACAACAACAACAAUGAUGAUAACAACAACGAGGAAGAGCAUAACAACAACAACAAUAACAAUUUUCUCGACAACAAUCUGCUCAACAAUCGCAACGCAGCCGACGAGCCGCUGCUGCACGGUCAGCCACAACCACAAGCUCCCGCGGUACCAAAUAUCGUCCCACCGGAGGUGGAACCGUUGCGGCGUCCGGCGCACCAGCGGGUAAACUUUGGCGAACCGCCCGCAGACAAUGUGCCAAUAGAUCCGGCGGAACCACCGCCACCAGCACCGCCGCUAGCGGACGAACCGCCCGAAGCCGUCAUCAACGAGCCGGAAGCGGAAGCUGCCGCGGACGAAGCCAACUGGAACCCGAUGGAAUGGGAACGGGCCGCGGAAGAGCUAACGUGGGAACGCUUGCUCGGCCUGGACGGGUCGAUGGUGUUCCUUGAGCAUGUUUUCUGGGUCGUUUCCCUAAACACCGCGUUCAUCGUGCUGUUUGCGUUCUGUCCCUACUCGAUCGGAAAUUCGCUCAUUUCGUUCCUUGGCAUCAACGCGCCCGGGAAGCAGUUGACGUACUUUCACGGAUUGCUAACGACCAUCCUCGGUUACUGUGUGAUUGGGAUAACGCUCGUAAAGCUGCAUGCGAUUGCGCGGUUUCUGCGCUGGAGAAGGCAACGGCGUAUUCUCGGGCUGUGCUACAUCGUGGUGAAGGUAUCGCUGCUGUCCGUGGUGGAAAUCGGUGUGCUGCCGCUGGUCUGUGGCUGGUGGCUGGAUAUCUGUUCGCUGCCGAUGUUUGACGCCACGCUGAAGGAUCGCAAGGCGAGCUUUAAGCUGGCGCCGGGAAUGUCCCUGUUCUUCCACUGGAUGUUCGGCAUGGUGUACGUGUACUACUUUGCCUCGUUCAUCGUGCUGCUGCGCGAAGUGCUGCGGCCAGGUGUACUGUGGUUCUUGCGCAAUCUGAACGAUCCCGAUUUUAGCCCGAUCCAGGAAAUGAUUCACCUCUCGAUUUUGCGUCACAUGCGACGGCUGAUAUCGUCCGCCACGAUCUUCGGUUCGGCCGUGCUGCUGAUGCUUUGGGCACCGAUACAAAUUCUCAAAACGUUCUGGCCAACAUUCCUACCCUACACGAUGUUGGGUGAUGCGGAAGUGAACGAGCUGAGUCUGCAGUUGCUGCUGCUUCAGUUUGUUCUGCCCAGCUUCUUCGAACAAUCGCACACCCGCAUCUGGCUGAAAGGGUUGGUGCGCAUCUGGUGCAACGUGGUGGCCCGUAUGCUGGGCAUCAAGAGCUACCUGCUUGGAGCGGAUCCACAACCGAACGAGGACGAUGCGGCACCACCGAGACAGCAGCAACCGGAUGCAGGUGCCGGGUUAGCGGCCGCCCAUCAAGCCAUCAUGCAGCGGGACGUGCCGGUCGGCUUUCAGCCCUACGAACGACCGCAGUUCUUUGCGAUACGCUUGAUAGGACUGUUGGUGCUGAUGUGCAUAAGCCUUGCGAUCGGGUCACUAGCCGUGCUGACGAUUCCGGUCUGGAUUGGACGGUACAGUAUGGCACUCAGCUCCAUCGGGACGUCAAAUAUUGCGCCAUCGCCUAAUGCGGUUAGCAGCACGGGCACGGAAACGCCGGCACGUCCCCACGAACUGUACACCGCCGCGAUCGGGAUGUAUCUGUGCUGGCUCAUUUCGCGCGGCAUCGCGCUCGCAGUGAACCUGUUGCCCCAGGGACGGGCUGCUGUGAUCGCGCGCAUCAAGCACUGGAUAUCGAUCGCAACCUCGUACGCGAUGGCCAUGAUCGUGUUCGUGCACAUGCUCGGCGUGAUACCGCUCAUGUUCGGGCUGCUGCUCGAGCUGGUCGUGGUGAUACCGUUGCGCGUGCCGCCGGAUCAAACGCCCGUGCUGUUCCUGUGGCAGGAUUGGGCGCUCGGCGUGCUGUACACCAAAAUUGCCUGCGCCCUCACACUGAUGGGCCCGGACUGGGCGCUCAAGCGAGCGAUCGAACAAGCCUACCGGGACGGAUUGCGUGACAUAAACCUAAACUUUAUCGUACGCGAGCUCGGCAUACCGGUCAUAACGUGCUUCGGGUUAGCGUUGGCCGUCCCGUACGUGAUCGCCCACUCAAUACUGCCGCUGUUCUUUACCAACCCGCUAACGCGCACCUUCUUCGCGCGCCAGAUCUAUCCCUUCUUCCUGCUGAUCGCGUUCGUGAUCGGUAUUCUGGUGCUGCAGGUGCGCCAGUUUAAGAAGCUGUACGUGGCGAUCAAAAACGACAAGUAUCUUGUCGGGCAGCGGUUAGUGAACUAUGACCAUCAGCGCAAAAAGCGACGCCCAUCGGUUGUUGCCGGUGAGGAAGGCUCAACGUCGUCGGGGUCGGCCACGGCCAACGGGGAUGAUGAUGCGGCCACCUCGACGGGCCAACCAUCCAACAACGAUGGAGCGAGCGCAUCGGCGGCCACAUCGACGGUUACCGGUGAUCCUGGCAGUGGCAGCAGCAGCAGCAGCAGCAGCAGCAGCGAUCGAAUCCGUGUUGCAAUGGAAGCGCUACAGUAAGAAGACACAGGCACACAUCAUUCAUGCACUGUAUGGCUCUGUUGUGUCGGAGGGUGUGCGUGUGCGUGUGUGUGGACGUGUUAAGAUAUUUUUAAACAACUUUCGAAUUAGUCCAACCGCGCGCGCCGUCAUAGAAGCUUGUUUCGUUUUGCGUCAUAGUUUCCCCUUUCUUCGAAUAUCGCCACUGCAGCAGCCCAGCUUUAACCUUUAAACACCUCCGCGUUUCGUGUUUUAAUGAACCUAUUACUAAAAUUCCGAUUCACGCAUCAAUACACAGAGGAGAGCAAUAUGUUAAAAUUCCAAUUUCCCGUCCUUUCUUCGGCGGUCUGGGGCGCCAAUUUUGUUGAUAGAAAUAGCGAUUCCUUCUAUUCUUUAUUUAUCCGAUCUUUGUGAUAGAGGGAAGCGGCAACUAGUGCCGAUAUGGCCACCGGAUGAUAAAGCUCCAUGCACUGGAUGUGUGUUCCCCGAGAGCGUUUUUUUUUUCUUUUAAAAUUGUUUUGUGUUUUUAUUUCUCUUUUUUAACUAAUCUUAGCCGCAGCAUAAGUUUCGUUUUACCGUUUCGGUCGUUCAGCUGUAUUUCGUUCGUGCGUUGGUUCCUUCUUUUUGCCGCAAGUGUGCAAAGGUAGCGGUCCGGGUUCCGGUCUGCUCGCACACCCGGUUGCAAGACGACGCAUCCGUUUGGACUGAACGACACAAUUUGGAUAAAACGAUACGAACUGUUGGGCAGAAUAACCUUUUUUGGGGUGGGUUCACACAAGGGAACGCAAUUGAUGAUGCGUGGAAGAGGGCAGGGGGAGAGCGUGUAGGCUUGAUGGAAGGAUGAAAGCCAGUUAAGAAUUUAGCUAAAAUGUGUAAUAUAUCUUCAUGAAAUAAAGAGAAAACCCAACGGCAAAAAAACGGA